AAACUUUGCUAGGUCUUACUUUCGGGGGGGGGACUUAUAUUUAGCAAUUCAGCAAAACUUAUACCAGGUCUUAUUUUCUGGGGAUGUCUUAUUUUAGGGGAAACAGGGUACUUGCUGGGCCAAAAGUCGAUUGUGGGAUAGAGAGGAGGAGUUGCUACAAUACGUGGGACGUUGAAGUGUCCACCUACACAGGUCCAAGGGCAUAUCUUUGUCAGGGCUUCACAGCAUGAAGAGUGGACUUUGGGGCUUCAGCUCCCAAAAUUCCCAUAGCCAGACAUGAUGGGGGUUGUAGUAUCCUGGUCCCCACCAAAAAACCCUUUCCCCCAGACUUUGCUAAUGGUGUCCUUUCUAAAUUGCACCAGGUUGCCAAAUAGUUCCCCUGGUAAAAUGAUGUUCCGUUUGGUUGGAUUCCUAAAGUUGCCAGGCUGAAAUUUUAAGUGAUUGUGUAAAUUAGGGAAGUUCAUUUACUGUUCCUUGUUAUAAGUGCUGAACAUAAUUGGCUGAAAUUUCCUCUUCUACACAAGCCUGAAAAGUCCAGGAGCCCUCUUUGGUGUUUAAGCUGGCAUCCUUUGGUUUUUGCCAGACAGAACAUCAUUCUCCCAGUGGGACCAGCAUCAUCCUGGCUGUUUGACAACUCUGAGCAAUUUAGAAAGGAAAUGCCCUCUUGUCUCAUGUGCUGUUCAGCCCUCCUCCUCCUCCUCCUCCUGCCGUGUCUUUUCUUUUCUCCUUUCCCCUAUUCAGGAAAUUAAGCACAUUUCACAAUCGGCCCCACCUCUCCCCGCCUUCCCUUGCAUCUCUUUUUCGCUCCCCCCCAGUUAGUGUUUUUUCUUAGGAACAAGAGAGUCCAGGAAAUGGUCCUAUGACUUUUUCCCCCUUUCCCCCUCUCUUCCCCUUUCUUGGGAGGAGGUGUUUACCACAGAGGGGAGGGGAGGGAGGCUGGGAAUAAGAAGAUGGGGUUAAUACCUCAGCUGCCUAUAAAGGGCCGGGUCAGUGGGGUUCCUGUGACAGACAGAGCAGCAGCAGCACCAAGAGGCUCAGGGCAAAAGGAGGGACUGCCGGGGAGCAGCCCUUUAUGGGCACAGAGAGAGCCAGAGAGAGGGCACCCGGGGCCACCAUCCCAAUUGCCUCCACUUGGGGGCGACAGAGACAAGUCACCAGGAAUCCCCAACAGCAUCCAAAUAGGAGCAGAAAUACCUCCAUCAGUCAUUAGGGGGUGACAAAAGGGACCCCAAACUAAAGUUUCUAAACUUCACUCAGAUUUUCAGCUCCAGUAGCCAUGAGUCUUUCUUUGGUCAGCAGACUCUUUGUAAUUUCGGCUGUCUUCGUCCAUGUUGCUUCUUCUGAGCCUGAGCCUUCUGUCAACAGCAUCAUUAGCCGGACUUACCAGCUGCUCCAAAGCAUGAAGGAAAACACCACCAUCCUUCUCAACACCUAUCGGAGUCACCAAGGGAGCCCAUUUACCGAUCCCGAUUUCAAAGGUUUCAACUAUUCCAUGCACUACAAGAAAGUGCCAUUGCCCUCCAGCAAUUUCCCAGAAUGGAGUAAUCUGUCUGACAUAAAGCGCCUGGAGAAGAACUACCAAGCUUACCAUAACUACUUGGGGUUAAUGAAGCUGGUCUGGGAGGACCAGUCUGAGUUGAACCCUGACAAAGGGGAACUGCUGAAAAUGUUGAAACUGACCCAGAAACGUAUCCAAGGCCUGCUCAGCAAUUUGACCGCCAUCAUUUCUGCCUUGGGUGGACCAUCAGCCCCUGUUAAGGAUCCACCCGUUCCGGACUUGGUUGGAAACAACAACUUUGAGAAGAAAGAACUGGGAUACGUUGUGUGCUUCUGGUACAGAGUGUGGGUGGAGAGGACGCUGCGGGACUUCAACUUCCUAAGAAGGAAAUAUCCAAGUUAACGCUUCCUCUAGGAGUCAAAAGGAUGGCACUCAUGCCCAAUACCUUCCUGGAAACCUCUCAGGGAAAUGAACCAAAGACAGAUGGAGACAGGAUUGGACAUGUUUCAUGCAAAUUUACCUAUUUAUUUUCAGAGCUGAGCUCUGAAAGCUUCUCAUGCUGCAAGAUCUCAGUAGAAACCGGUGGCUUGUUUACCUGCCCCGGUGCUGUUUUUCAUCUGUUACAUGUCUUAAGUCAUCUUCCAGAUCCUGGAACAUUUUGGCUUUUACCUUAUUUUUUAUAUUUAUGUAUUAUAAUAUGUAUUUAAAGAUUAUACAGAAAAAUGCAUGAAUUUAUACAUGUGAAAAUAUGUACAGGAUCAGAUCUUGGGGAGAAAAAAAUACAGAAUGGGGGAUCCAGAAAGCACUUUUUCCAAGAUUCGACCAUGUACUUAUUUUCACCUGUAUACAUUUGUGUGAAAAUGUAAGUUGUCUGUUACAUCUGGUUAGCCAGUAAUCAACUAGAAUUUUUUUAACACAGCUCAAUGUUGUGGGAUUUUGGGAUUUGUAGUUUUGUUUGAUAUCACCGUUUUUUGUCAAAGGGUUCUGGUGCUUCGCCAAACUACAACUCCCAUGAGUUAAGGACCAGGGUCUCAAUGCUAUGGUAUUAUGGGAGUUGCAGUUUUACAAGGUCUUUAGUCUUCUCUAAUGGCUGCUGAUGCCACAACAAACUACAAUCCCUACGAUCCCAUAUCAUUGAGUUAAAGUCCAGAGUCACACAACUCAAUGCAGUUAAAGCCCAGGGUAUUAGAGUUAAUUUUUUCUUUCAUGUCAGGAGCGACUUGAGAAACUGCUCAAUGCUAUGGUAUCAUGGGAGUUUCAGUUUUACAAGGUCUUUAGUCUUCUCUAAUGGCUAUUGAUGCUGCAACAAACUGGAAUCCCUACGAUUCCAUAUCAUUGCGUUAAAGUCCAUGGUCACACAAGUCAAUGCAGUUAAAGCCCAGGGUGACACAGGUUAAUAUUAUAGUAUCAUGGGAGUUGCAGUUUUACAAGGUCUUUAGUAUUCUCUAAUGGCUGUUGAUGCCACAACAAACUAUAAUCACUACGAUUCCAUAUCAUUGAGUUAAAGUCCAGAGUCACACAAGUCAGUGCAGUUAAAGCCCAGGGUGGCACAUCUCAAUGCUAUGGCAUCAUGAGAGUUGUAGUUUUACAAGGUCUUUCACCUUCUCUGUCAAAUAGUGGUGGUGCUGUAACAAAGUACAAAUUCCAGGAUUGCAUAGGCUGCAUUAUGCUGACCCUUCCUUUACAAAGGUUACACAGAUAGCACUUAUGGAUGUUUUGUUUAGUUAUCCAGUUGUAUUUGAGCACUGAUAGACUGAUAGCUGUACUAUUAGACUUUAAGAAAGUAUGGUAAGUAGGAAAAGCAGGGAUACUUUGAAUGCUGCUGGAAAGAAAGCCAACUCUGUGAACUAGCAGUAUGGAGGAUGGCCUGAUCUCUCCUCCAUCAUCUAUCAAACUGACCAUUUCAUUACUUCUGGGACAGUUCCCUUACCAACUUUUAAAAGAAAUAUGAGUAACAACCCAACAUUGGGAAUUGACGCCUGGGUUUGCGUUCUUUCUCUUCCCUUGUUAUCCCUUUUUUGGAUGCAAUACCUUUUAGAUUGUAAAUCUGGGACAGGAACACUUUUCUUGCUCUUUAUAGGCUGCUCUGGGAAUCUUUUGGAAAAAGGGAAUAAUAAUAAUAAUAAUAAUAAUAAUAAUAAUAAUAAUAAUAAUAAUAAUAAUAAUUUAUGUCAUAGAGAAGUUUACAUGGAUUAUUUAUAUGCUAUUUAAUGUGGGACAGUGGGAUGUAAUUUAUUCUGUGUUUCGGAUGUUCUGCAACGCUCUGGAGUUUGUAGAAGAUUUCAGAAGAACUACCAGGCAGAAGACGCUUCCAGGAAAUAUACAGAAAUUAUGAAUUUCCUGGAACAGUCUGACCUCUGAAAGCCUGAGUGGACAUCUUUUUAUUUCCUCUUUUAUAGAACCCUACUUUGCUCAUCGGAAUCAUUUCUUAUCAUCUCUCCUCCCUUCCGCCUUUCUUUUUCUUAUUCAACCUCUUCCUCUUUAAUUUACCCUUUCUCCCUUUUCUAAAGACCACCCCUUUCCGUAUCGCCCAGGCAUGGGCUGAAGUUUGCCCAUGCCUUGUAUAGUCCAUACCUUAUUUUAUUUAAAUACUGGGGUUUUGUAAAAGUUAAAAAUAGUACCUGUGUUUGGUACUGUUUCCAUACCUAUGUUUGGUACUUUAUGGUACUGUAUGUGUGUUUUUUUUAAUUUGAAAAAUGGUAUAUUUUGGUACUUAUGCUUUUUGUAGGGUUUCAACUAACUUGUGUAAAUGGGACUUUAUUUUGUAUAAUAAAAACCAUCUCAUUAAAAACAGCAACAAUGUGUUAGGCUUGUUUGUGAAAGCAUAGGAGUUCAAGCAACGGGGGCGGAUAUUUAUUUAUCAUGUCAGAAGCGAAUUGAGGGUACAGUUAUAAUGUAUUUAAAAACACAAACAAAGUUAAAAACUUGGCAUUAUAUUAAAUGUCCUUUGACCAGAAGCUGGCCACAUGGAGUACCUCUGGUGUCUCUGUAAGAAGGUUCUUCAUUGUGAACAUGGCAAGGCUCAGGUUGCAUUGUAGUUGGUGGUCUGUGGUUUGCUCUUCUCCACACUCAAAUGUCGUGGACUCCACGUUGCAGUCCCAUUUCUUAAGGUUAGCUCUGCAUCUUGUGGUGCCAGAGCGUAGCCUGUUCAGCGCCUUCCAGGUCACCCAGUCUUCUGUGUGCCCAGGAGGGAGUUUCUCAUCUGGUCUCAGCCACAGAUUGAGGUUCCAGGUUUUAGCCUGCCACUUUUGGACUCUCACUUGCUGAAAUAUUCCUAUGAGUGUCUCUGUAGAUCUUAGGAAAAUAUUUCUUGAUUCAAGGCAUUGGCGUGCUGGCUGAUAUCCGAACAGAGGAUGGGCCAGAGAUGUCACAGCCUUGGACCUUUCAUUACUGGCUGCUACUUCCCGACGGAUGUCAGGUGGUGCAAUAUCAGCUAAACAGUAUAAUUACCCCAGUGGUGUGGGGCGUAGACAUCCUGUGAUAAUGCAGCAUGUCUCAUUAAGGACCACGUCCACUGUUUUAACAUGGUGAGAUGUGUUCCACGCUGGGCAUGCAUCUUCAGCAGCAGAGUAGCAAAGCGCAAGAGCAGAUGUUUUCACUGUGUCUGUUUGUGAUCAUCAGGUUGUGCCAGUCAGCCUUCAUACAAUGUUAUUUCUAGCACCCACCUUUUGCUUGGUAGUCAAGCAGUGCUUCUUGUAAGUCAGAGCACGGUACAGGGUAACUCCUAGGUAUUUUUUGGUGUGCUGCUAUGCUCCAAUGGGAUUCCUUCCCAGAUAAUUCUCGAGAUGCUUGUCUGUUCUUAAGGUGAAAAACACACGUCUGUGUUUCAGAUGGACUAGGAAUCAACUGGUUUUCCCUGUAAUAGGCAGCAAAAGCACCUAAAGCAACGGGGGCUGGAUGAUCUUCGCAGAAUUCGGCCAGAAAAGGGAACCAAAUCCAUUGUGAAACUGACAGACUCUGAGAGAGCGACCUGAAGUCACUUAAUAAUGUAGAUUUACUGCUGAAGUCUCAGAUCUUGGAGUUGGACUUUCUUCCCCAGUUCUUAGAGCUAUGGAGAGGUUAUCAGAGGACAAGAGCCUCAUGUCUUGGGGGUUAGCAGGAUGUGUUAGGAAAUGCAGGGUGGCCCCCGUGUCACAAGGAAACAGGAACCGUGGCCAUUGAAAUGAAUAGCUUUGGUCGAAGGUUGCCAUAGAGUUGUCCCAGAAAAUUCCUAAAGAGUGAGAUGCUAUAUCUUCCCAACAUGACACUAAGGUAUUUGCCAUGUCCUCCAACACAACUUUAUAGUUACUUCCAGCAGUAAUGCAAAGUAACAGAAACCACAAGAGAUUUUUUAUUUAUUUAUCGUGUCAGAAGUGAACUGAGGAUGCAGUUAUAAUGUAUUUAAAAACACAAAGUUUAAAACUUGGCAUUAAAUUAAAUGUCCUUUGACCAGUAGCUGGCCACUUGGAGUGCCUCUGAUGUUGCUGUGAGAAGGUUCUCCAUUGUGCAUGUGGCAGGGCUCAGGCUGCAUUGUAAUCGGUGGUCUUUGGUUUGCUCUUCUCCACACUCAAAUGUCGCAGAAAGGAAGAAACGAGUGUGGCCACAGAUGAAAUAACCAACCAUUAGAGAAAGAUAGAUCCAUUUCGCCAGAGAUGUGGAAGUCAAACCACCGAUAUUUUAAACUUGUUUUGUGAUUCAAUGUAUUUGUUAUUCUUGUUGAUUUUUUUUCUUUUUUCUUUCUCUUUCCCCCCCCCUUUUUUUUUCUUUUCUUUUUCUCUCUUUUCUUCUUUUCUCCUUGUAGGUUUUCCUUUCCCUAGUAUAUCUGUGUGCACAAUCUUUAUGUAUAUAUGUACACUAAUAUGUCAAAACUUAAUAAAAAAGAUUUGAUAAAAAAAAAA